AGUACGCAAUCCGCUUCCCUCCAACCGCAUCCCUCUCUCUCUCUCUCUCUCUCUCUCCAUGAAUCGAUGAUCUCCAAGCCGUCAUGAGGCCCAUCCAUGAUCUCCAUACCCUGAAUCAACGGACCAGAUCUGUUUCCUCCCCUCUCCAUGUCAUCAUCAACAUCAUCAUCUCGGUUGGACUUGGGGGCCUUUGCAUCCCCGAACGACGACAAGGCCGCCGAGUCCGUGAAAGUCGUUGAAUGGGAGGAUCUGCAGCAGGAGCUGGCGAGGCUCUGGAGCCUGUCGUCAGCGCUCAAGAAAGCUAAAGAGAGGAAGGAUCUCCUCUCGCAGAAGCUUGAGUCCCUCAUCCAGGUAAGAUCAGAAUCGCUGCAUCAGUCCAAUGAGCUUGAGGAGAUGCGCCAAAAACUGGAGACCCAGAAGCUAGUGAUGGGGAAUCUGUUGAUUCACUCGAAAAGCACAUCAGAGGAUGUUAGGAACCAAAAUAAGCAGCUUUGCCUCAGCAUCAGAUCACUGUUGGGCGCUGGCAAAGCACUUGCAGUAGCUUAUAAUCAGCUGCAGGAAGCUAAUAGGUUGCUAGCUGGUGAACGAGGUCAUGUUCAUCUCAAAAAUUUUCAGAAGUUGCUUCGAAUGAGGCAACAGUACAUGAUGGCACAAGUUUCAGCCCUUUAUCCAGUAAAGGCCUCACUUGGACAGACACCUGGAGGAAAGUAUGACUCACGUUCUGAUGGGAGCAAAUCAGGGGAUGGUGCUGGAUCUAGCUCGUCAGUUAUCCUGGAAUCCAGGAAUCCAGGAAAGUCAUCCUUAACCAUUUUAGGGCUGCAACUUACUGUGCCUCCUUUGAAGAAGAUUAGUUUUUUCAGUGAUAAGAAGGAGAUUCAGAGGUCUGCCACUGCUCUCGGCUAUGUUGCACAUGCUGUCUUGCUUAUAGCAUCUUACUUAGACGUUCCUCUUCGGUACCCUCUACACUUGGGAGGUUCAUGCUCAUACAUUUUUGACCAUGCAUCUCCAUUGGAGUCCACAUCUGAUUUAGUGUCAAACCCAAUAGCUGGCCCAAAUAUGAAGCCUACAGAAUUUCCUCUUUUUCUAGAAGGCCAGGACACAACCAGAGCUGCUUAUGCAAUGUUCUUGUUGAACAAGGAUUUAGAGCAGCUUUUGAACUAUAUUGGCAUUCAAAGUUUGGGGCCACGUCAUGUAUUGGCUAAUUUGAGGGAGCUUUUGAGGACAAUUCAGUCUCAGGAAUUUGUAGAUAAAUGAUCUCUGCUGCUUUGAAGUGUUAACCAUUAAUGUUAGCUGCUGCUGCUUAUUUCAUGAAGACCAGUUUAGUUUGUACUUCUUGGUAGGUGCUAUUUUUGUGUAGCACCUUAUUAUUAUAAGGUCCUGGAAGAAGCUGUAUUUGCAGAAAUGUCUGUCGUGCUUAUUGGAUUGCCUUCUUUUACUAUAAUAUAUUAUUUGGCCCUACCAUGUUGAGAAGAGGUGAAUUUAUGUGGAGUUGCACCUUGGAAAGGGAAUUGAUGUGCAUAAGACGUGCAAUGUUGAUGGGAGCUUGCAAUCUUGAAAUGAGAUGUGAUUACAUUUGUUGCAGUAAAGUAAGAUGGGUUGUCUGUUGUAUCAUUGGAAACUAACUUCAUUAUGUAUUGGAAUGUUAAGAAG